AUGCUUUCAGGAUAAAACUCGAUAUAAUAUCUUACUAACCAAGUUUUGUUAGCAAAUAUAAUAAAUGUGUUAAAAUAUAGAAAUAAUCUAAACUAAGUUGUUUAUAAAGUUUACAUGACUUUACCCUUGAGUUACUUAACUUUAAUUUCAGCACUUAAGUGGAAUUUAUAAACAGGUUUUCAAAAUUUAGAUAGCUUCACUUUUAAUAGAAAUCAAAAUUUUUCAGUGAACUACAAUGAGGAAUCAAAUAAAAUUGUUUAUGAAGGAUAUGUUAGUGGCAAUGUCGGUUUAACUAAUUUGAUAUCAAAUCCAGGAAAGAUAUUUUAUCAAACAUUAGAAAGCUCGUCAUAAAUACAAAAUAUUUAAUAGAUUUAUGAUAUAGGGUAUAUCUUUAUAGUAAAAAAAACUCUAUUAGUUUUUGAUAUAGCAUAAUAUUUAUUUGUUGAAGAAAUAAAAUUAGAUAAUGAAGGUGAUAAUUCGUUAGAAUAUAUCCAAGGGUUUUAAUAUAGCAAAUAACAAAAGCUAAUCACAUGCUUUAAAAGUUAAUAUUUCGCUAUUUUGAAUUGUUAAUAAAAUUUAAAAAUUUAAAAUAUUUUGACAAACUUUUCUUACAUUUCGAAUUAUUAUCUUUAAGAAGAAAAAUAAAUUAUAUAUAUUUAUGGCUCCAAUAUAUUCAUAUAUGAUUUGUAACUGAAAGACCUCAAAAUUAUCUAUGAAUCAAAUAGUUAUAUAAUAACUUAAUGUGUCUUUUUAUUAAGCUACUUGGUUUGUUAAACAGCUCCUUAGUAAAUAAAAAUUUUAGAAAAUUAAAGCUUUUUUGUAAUUAAAACAUUUUCCUCUAUUGAAAUUCAAGAUUAAUCCUUUUUACUCGCAGAUCAAGUUUAUAGAAAUAUUUAUAUUUAUAAAACCUAAAUAUUAUCAUUCUCAAUAUCAGAAUAAUCAUUAAAUUAAAUAUUGGUGCAAAAUUCUCAAAUUUUAUAAUUAAAUAUCUUUGGCUCAAAAAUUGUAAUCUUUACCAAUCAAAAUGGAUUUAUCUUAGAUAGAAAUUCUUAGCAAUAAUAAGCGGUGUUUUAAUUAUUUGGAAAUUUCAUUGGUAACUUUUAUUUAGGAGAUUAUAACCAUCUUUUAUACUAUACAGAUAACAUUACAUAAGGCUAGAUAUUUGUUUUUAGCCUGACUACUCUUUCUUAACUACCUGCUUUAAAGGCUUUUUUCCCUCUUAAUUAAGUAAGAAGUGUAUUUCAUGAUUAAGCUUUAUCUAUAAUAGGCUUAACUGAUGAAUAAGAAUAAUACUAAGCUAAGUGUAUCAAAUAAUUUUUAGACAGGAAAUAUUAUUAUUUAUGA